GCGUCGCAGAAUGGCGGAUCUGCGUUUUCCCGUCAUUCCAUCGUCAUUUCUUUCGUGUUCUGCUUUCUGGGUCACCACCUGAUCGCCGAAACCACGUGGGAUCUUUCCUUUAGGGUCCCGCCCAUCUUUUUCUUUUGUUGUUGCUUCCUCGUCCUUGUCGUCGGAGCGCGAGGAACCGACUAUGACCUCAGACAACGCUCACUCCAUACAAGUCUAACUCGGAAGUACCGUCUCUGCUUCGCUCCCCUCUACUCCCCUGUUCUUGUCUCUGAUCCCACGGUUUCAUCACCUAUUAACUGCCGCAUUUGUUGUAUUGUUGUUUUUUCGUAGUUACUGUCAUCGGUGGUUGGGUCUGCAGGAUUAUUUUUUAAACUCAUAGAGUUGCAUUUGAGUGUGAGUUGUUAUUUCACUCUGUGCGAGUAGGUGGGAUUUGUUGUUGCGGUGGGGGCGAGGUGGUGAAUAGAGGAAAAGUUGUGAGCGGAACAGUGGUUGUGUGUACAGCCGAAAGAGUAGCGAGGUGAGUGAGAGAGGCAGUGAUAGAGAGAGCGGUAGUCAUGACGACGCGACCUCAGAAUGUGGGCAUUUUGGCCAUGGACGUAUACUUCCCAGCGAGUUACGUGCAUCAGGAAGCGUUGGAGGAGCACGAUGGAGUGAGCAAAGGAAAGUACACUAUUGGUCUUGGACAAGACCGGCUUGCCUUCUGCACCGAUCUUGAGGACGUUAUUUCCAUGAGCUUGACAGUUGUGAAGUCAUUGUUGGAGAAAUACGGCAUUGCACCUGAAAGCAUUGGACGCCUGGAGGUGGGCAGCGAGACAGUCAUUGAUAAAAGCAAGGCCAUCAAGACAUGCCUUAUGCAGCUAUUUGAGGAAUCGGGUAACGGCGAUAUCGAGGGAGUUGAUUCUACCAAUGCUUGCUAUGGAGGAACAGCAGCUUUACAGAACUCUCUCAACUGGGUGGAGAGCAGUGCUUGGGAUGGACGUUAUGCAAUUGUCGUCGCUGCAGACAGCGCUGUCUAUGCUGAAGGGGCUGCACGUCCAACUGGUGGUGCUGGAGCCGUAGCCAUGCUAAUCGGACCCAAUGCGCCCAUUGUCUUUGAGCGUUGUCUCAGUGGGACUCAUAUGGCAAAUGUGUACGAUUUCUACAAGCCUAAUCUGGCCAGCGAGUACCCGAUUGUUGAUGGAAAAUUAUCGCAAACCUGCUAUCUGCAAGCACUUGACUCGUGCUACCGGCGCUUCUGCGAAAAGUACGAGAAGCACAGUGGCAAACCUUUCACCCUCUCUGACGCUUCUUAUGUUGUGUGCCAUGCACCUUACAAUAAGCUUGUGCAAAAAAGUUUUGCUCGACUUGUCUACAAUGACUACAUCAGAAAUGCAAGCUUUGUUAGCGAAGAUGCAGCAGCUUUGUUUGAGCCGUUUGCAACAUUAUCACCAACAGAUAGCCUUUUGAAUCGCGACCUCGAAAAGGUCUCCCAACAAGUUGCCAAGAAGCAAUAUGAUGUAAAAGUCGCACCCACGACGAUGUUGCCCAAGGAGCUUGGAAAUAUGUACUGUGCAUCUUUGUAUGCUGGUCUUGCCACCCUUGUGCAUAACAAAUCAUCAUCUUUGGAUGGCCAGAGAAUACUUUUGUUUUCGUAUGGUAGUGGACUUGCUUCAAGCCUCUUCUCUUGUAAAUUUGUUGAAGGCCAGAAAUUAGCAGAGAUUGCAGAAAAAAUGGACAUCGCCGCGAAACUCCAGUCUCGUAUUGCAGUUACACCCACUGAGUUUGUGGAAACUAUGCAUCUCAUGGAAACUCGUUAUGGUGCUAAAGAUUUUAUCCCAGUCAGCUCCAAGUCUACCCUGCGCCCCAUGACCUAUUAUAUUACCCAAGUAGACAACCUUUAUCGCCGUAGUUAUGACAGGUACCUAACAAAGGCUGAUAAGGUGGAAGCCAAUGGUGUGCAUGGCCUAGCACACUAGUUUUUCAGAUUCGCAGAGUCUGAAAUUCGUUUAGGAGCAUUAUUACAUGUAGGCAACUCUUUGCAAUAUCCUUUCCAUUGCCGGAUCCGAAUGGUGGGAACGUUGAUGUCACUACUGUGGUGGGGCCGCAUUUUUUGGCAAGAAAUUUAGCCAGGACCAACGAAAAUUGUAGAAUGUGAAGAAUAUGAGCUUGUCAUUCCUCUUUAGUGACGCUCGCGUUGAGGAGCUUGUAUUAAGAUAUUUCGAGGGAUCCUUGGAGGUCUGAUAGAUGUAUCUUACGUGUUGACGAUUAAAUAUUUAUUUCAUUUUCUGCCAUUAUUUACAGUUCGACAUGGCAUGAAUGUCCAUCCUUUUC